GCUCGCCGAGGAAUGAGGCUUCGCACCGAGGGCUGGAAGGACCGGCGAGGAAAAAAAUAAAAACGGGGCGGGGGGGAGCAAGCUGAUCCUCGAGCAUUAAAACCAGCGAUGCUGCACGGCCCCGCCGCCAUGGGGGAGCCGUGGCCGCCGCAGCAGCAGCAGCAGCAGCGGCUCCCGGGGCUCGGCAACGCCUCGGAGCCCCCCGCCUGGCCCUCGGCGGCGGCGGCCGGGCCGGGCACGGCGGCUCCGGGCGGCGGGGCGGCCGCCGCGGGCUCCGUGAGCCCCUGGGACAUCGCGCUGUGCGCCACGGGCACGGCGGUGGCGGGGGAGAACGCGCUGGUGCUGGCCGUGCUGUUCUACACGCCGAGCCUGCGGGCUCCCAUGUUCCUGCUGAUCGGCAGCCUGGCGCUGGCCGACCUGCUGGCCGGGCUGGGGCUGGUGGCCAACUUCGCCGUGCGCUACCUGCUGCGGCCGCCCAGCGAGGCGGCGGAGCUGGCGGCGGCGGGGCUGCUCCUGGCCGCCUUCUCCGCCUCCGUCUGCAGCCUCCUGGCCAUCACCGUGGACCGCUACCUGUCGCUGUACAACGCGCUCACCUACCACAGCGAGCGCACGCUGGGCUUCACCUGCGCCAUGGUGCUGCUGAUGUGGCUGCUGUGCCUGGGCGUGGGGCUGCUGCCCCUCCUGGGCUGGAACUGCCUGCGGGACCAGAGCUCCUGCAGCAUCCUGCGGCCCGUCACCAAGGACAACGCGGCCGUGCUGGCCGUCACCUUCCUGCUCCUCUUCGCCCUCAUGAUGCAGCUCUACCUGCAGAUCUGCAAGAUCGCCUUCCGGCACGCCCAGCAGAUCGCCGUGCAGCACCAGUUCAUCGCCACGGCUCAGGCCACCUCCACCCGCAAAGGGCUCUCCACGCUGUCGCUCAUCCUCGGCACCUUUGCCCUGUGCUGGAUCCCGUUCGCCAUCUAUUCCCUGGUGGCCGAUUCCAGCUACCCCGCCGUCUACACCUACUCGCUGGCGCUGCCCGCCACCUGCAACUCGCUCAUCAACCCCAUCAUUUACGCCUUCAGAAACCCAGACAUCCAGAAAUCGCUCUGGCUGGCCUGCUGCGGGUGCAUCCCUUCCACCUUCUCCUCCAGACCAAGGACAUCCAGCGACGUGUGA